GGAGCGGAUCCUUAGCAGUGUUCUUAGCGUCGGAUGUGCGUGUCGGAUAGAACUGAUACCGGAGGCAGCUUUCAGUUCAGGCAGGAGCAAAAUGAGUGCCUCGGAGAACCGUCCAAAGAUUGACGAAGGACUGUACUCGCGCCAACUCUAUGUACUGGGCUAUGAGGCCAUGCAGAAGAUGGCUACAGCUGCUGUGCUGGUCUCUGGAAUGAAGGGGCUGGGUGUGGAGAUUGCCAAAAACAUCAUUCUUGCAGGAGUAAAAUCUGUCACUGUCCAUGACCAGCAUGAUGCUCAGUGGAGUGACCUCUCCUCACAGUUCUACCUAACAGAGAAGGACGUGGGACAGAAUCGAGCUGUGGUUUCGCAGCACCAUCUUGCAGAACUGAACAGUUAUGUUCCUGUGCUAGCCUAUACUGAAGGGCUGUCUGAGAGCUUCUUGUCUGACUUCCAGGUUGUGGUCCUGACGAACUCACCCUUGGAGGAGCAGCUGCAAAUCAGUGAUUUUUGCCAUGCCAACAACAUUUGCUUUGUCCUUGCUGACACAAAGGGCCUGGCUGGGCAGCUCUUCUGUGAUUUUGGAGAACACUUUGUGGUAUAUGAUGCUUCUGAAGAUGAACCUGUCUCUGCUGUCAUUCAGCACAUAACCCAGGGUAAUCCUGGCAUGCUGACAGUGGCCUGUGAGGAUGAGCAGGGGCAAGGUCACCAGUUUGAGGAUGGUGACUGGGUGACAUUCAAAGAGGUUGAAGGGAUGACUGAACUUAACAAUCUUGAGCCCCGCUCAAUCCAUGUAACUGGUAACAUGACUUCUGCUUCCUUCUCCACAUGUUUGUAUGGACAGUACAGCUUGGAAAUUGGAGACACAUUUUCUUUUUCUCCUUAUAAAAGUGGUGGGAUCAUCACCCAAGUCAAGAAACCUCAACAGCCCUCCUUUGACUCCUUGCGUGUUUCCAUGACCAGUCCCAAGAUCAAGACGCCUGAUGCAGGGAAAGUGUCUCGGUAUCACACUCUUCACAUGGCUUUCUGGGCACUUCAUUUAUUCCAGAGCAAAAUGAAGAGACUGCCUAGACCUAGGGAUCAGGCAGAUGCAGAGGAGAUGGUGAAGCUAGCACAGAGCCUAGCUGUGGGCCCAGAGCCACUGGUUGAGCAUCUGGUACAGACAUUUGCAUAUGGAUGUUCUGGUGACCUGAGUCCUAUCAGUGCCUUCAUUGGAGCUGUAGCUGCUCAAGAAGUGCUGAAGGCGGCCUCUGGAAAAUUCACUCCUCUCAACCAGUGGCUGUACUUUGAUGCCUAUGAAUGCCUACCCGAGGAGGACCGUACUGCGUUGCUGACUGAGGAAGACUGUGCUCCACAUGGCAGCCGCUAUGAUGGGCAAAUUGCUGUUUUUGGUGCUGACUUCCAGGAGCGUCUUGGGAAACAGAAAUAUUUUGUGGUGGGAGCUGGUGCUAUUGGCUGUGAGCUGUUGAAGAACUUUGCAAUGAUUGGCUUGGCUGCUGGUAAGGGUGGGAACAUCACUGUCACAGACAUGGACACCAUUGAAUAUUCCAACCUCAACCGUCAGUUCCUCUUUCGAGCACAGGAUGUGUCUCUGCUGAAGUCAGAAGUGGCAGCAGCUGCCAUAAAGCUCAUAAAUCCCUCUAUCAAUGUAACAGCUGAGCAAAAUCAGGUUGGGCCUGACACUGAGUGCUACUAUGGAGAUGAAUUCUUCCUUGGUUUGGAUGGUGUAGCCACUGCCCUGGACAGCCUGCAAGCCAGAGCAUAUGUGGGUAAACAGUGCACAAAAUACCUCAAGCCUCUGCUUGAUUCUGGAACGCAAGGCACUAGGGGGAAUGUUCAGGUCUAUGUGCCCUUUCUGACGGAGUCAUAUGGCUAUGCCAUGGAUCAAGAUGAGGAAGAGUACCCUCUUUGCACCCUGCGCUACUUUCCCACUACCAUCCAGCACACAUUACAGUGGGCCCGAAAUCAGUUUGAGGGUCUGUUCAGGAAGAGAGCAGAGACCGUCAACAAAUUCCUGCAGGAUCCCAGCUUCCCAGAGACCCAAGAAGUGGAGGCUCUGGAGAUGUUAGAGCUAGUACUAGACAGCCUCCAGAAGAAGCCGCGAAGCUGGAGGGACUGCGUUGCCUGGGCCCGGAGGCUUUGGGAGCAACUUUUCUCUCAUGAUAUUCAGCAGCUGCGACACAACUUCCCUCCUGAACACGAGACAAUCUCUGGACUUCCUUUCUGGUCAGGACUCAAGCGAUGCCCCAAGAAGCUGGAUUUUAAUUUCAGCAAUACUACCCAUAGGACCUUCCUGUUGGUGGCCAGCCACCUCUUUGCUCAGAUGUACAGGCUGAAUGUGAGUGAGAGCAAUGCUGCCACUAGCCAGGUCCUCCUUGACUUGCAACUCCCACCUUUCCAGCUGCGAAAUGGAGUGCACAUCUUUGUCACUGACCAAGAGAUGCAGAGGUCUCAGGGAACAGUUGACAAAAUGAGGCUGGCAGAGUUGAGGCAGGACUUGGCAAGUCUAAGGCGACAGCUGGAGGAACAAGGAACACUCCUCUCCUGUCUUAUGGAGCCCAUUCAUUUUGAAAAGGAUGAAGACAGCAGCUCUCACUUGGACUUCAUCAUAGCUGCAGCUAAUCUGCGAGCUGAGAACUACGGCAUCCCUCCUGCUGAUAAACUCCAGGCUAAGAGGAUUGUGGGCAGGAUUGUACCUGCCAUCGCCACAACAACAGCUGCUGUUGCUGGCUUGGUGUGCCUGGAGUUGUACAAGCUAGUGUGGGGACACAGGAAUCUCAGCUCCUAUCGCAGCAGUUUUCUGUGGCUCUCAGAGCCCCUCCUCAAUCGAUUCCAGCCCCAGUCACCUCAGCCAACAUACAAGUAUCACCAGAAGAUAUGGAGCUGCUGGGACAGAAUUGAGGUGCCAGGAGUUGAUGCCAAGGGAGAGGAGAUCACCCUGAAUGGCCUCUUCGAUCAUCUGCAGAGAAAUCACAGCCUGGUACUGCAGAUGCUGCUGUAUGGAAAUGUUAUUAUCUAUGAUAGAUCCUGUGCAGAAGAGAAAAGAAAGAAACUGCUUUCAAACAGACUGACAGAACUGGUUUGCCAUGCUACUGCAGAAACAGUGUCCAAGGACUGCCAGCUGUUGGUGUUCGAAAUCGUCUGUGAAAAUGAAGAGGUCGACGCACUCUUACCACCUGUUCAUGUCUGGCUCCAUCCAAUGAAUAGGAAAGUAUGAGUAAUAUGCAUGUAUAAGUGUGUGUGUGCAUCUAUCACACACACAUAUCCAUGUACUAGCUACACUGAAUAUGGCUGAGCCAAAUUCCAUUGAAAGUGAAAAUGUAUAUUUUGCUUCAGUGGAGAAGGAAAUGUACCCUCUCCAGUGACCAACUCAUAUAACUUGCAGGCCUGGUCUUGCUCUUGAGUCCUUAGGAUAAAGAAUUAAUUAGGAAAUGAGCUCAUUCCUGAAGUCUGUCCUGCAAAGUUCUUAUUUGCUUUGUUUUGAAAGGCUGCCUAGGCCUUCUGUCUGACUUCGUUCCAAGCACACUACGAGUGGAACUACAAGUGACAAAAGGCACAGAUUGGACACUUGUCAGCUUCCCUCAAGUUUUGAUGGGAAAUGUAGGCAGCUUGGUGGAAUGUUGGACAAGUGACAGUUGAAAAGUCCAUUGGACAGCAGUCAGAGAGUCAAGCUGCAAGACUAGGAUGCCUACAUUUCCCAUCAAAACUUGAGGGAAGCUGACAAGUGUCCAAUCUGUGCCUUUUGUCACUUGUAGUUCCGCUCUACAUCAGUCCUUUGGAGGUUUGGAAGAACUAGCAUUGUUACAAAUUAGCAUUAACUUGUUUUAAUAUUGUAGAAUAGCAACAACAUUCUGGGUUUUGUAUGAUAGGAGCAGAAGAAAGGGCCAUCGCUCAGCUUUGUACUCAUAAGAUCCAAAGUUCAAUCUCUAGCAUUUCCAGUAAAGGAUCUUGAGAAAGUAGUGUUCCAAGGGAUUUCUGCCUGAGGCCAUGGAGGGCUUGGUUGGAUGAACUAAUUGUCUGACGCAGGGCAAAGCGUAUGUUCAUGGCACUUUAGACCCACUCUGAUGGGUGUUAGGAUGUUAUGCAGAUACUGGGCUGUGUAUCUGCUCUGACACCCCUCGCUGUGGAAAAGCCCUGUUGAAGUAAUUGCCCCUGUCAGUAAAAAAGAUAUAUUGUAAAGAUGAAUUAGUGACAUGUUGUAAACAUUCCAGCAUGUAUGCACUAAAUGUGCUACCUUGAAAUUGUAAUAAAGGUGUUAGUUUUGUCCCCAGGACAGUAUAUCAUUCUUUGGUCAUAUUACUUGACUAUGCAACUAUUAUUAACUUGUCUCGUAAUUCCAUAGUUGUGAUUUGAUUUUAAAUAAAAGAUUGGGGAUCUCAUACACAUCUGCAAAUCCAUCUUCCAGUAGCUUCAUUGGUAACAGCAUAUAGAGGUAGCGGAGGGUCCAGCUUUGCAUUUCUCAUGUCUAAUUUAAGUGAAAUAACAAACAACA